AUGGCGAAUAAAUAUUUAUCCGUUGUAAAGAAAGCUUACGACACAUAUCGUGCAAUCCAGGUGAUUUCCGCAUCAGAAGGUCGCGUAAAAAUUGAAUUUCAAGUUGCUGAAGAACAUUUAAAUCCAAUGGGAACAUUACAUGGAGGAUGCACAGCAACACUUGUCGAUAUUGUUACGUCAACCGCCUUGUUAGCGACAGAAAAAGCAAAUCCCGGUGUUUCUGUUGACCUUUGCAUUUCGUAUUUGUCUGCUGUAAAACUCGGUGAAACGAUUAUAAUUGAUGCAAGUGUAUUGCGUUCAGGCAAAAAUUUAGCAUACACACGUGCUGAUGUGUUAAGAAAAAGUGAUAAUAAGUUGCUUGCUACUGCUUUACAUACAAAAGCAUUCCCACUUAUAUCGCAAAACAAUCAAAUUAAAACCAAUUAA